AUGGCUAUCUCGGGAAAAUCAGUAAAUGAAGUAUUAUCUCCAUCAAGAUCAUCACUGUAUUCUGAUGACGACCAGACCUUACAAUCAUCUAUAAAUGUUGAUUCUGGAGAGACUCCACUCACGAAGCUUUGCUCAAAACACAAAAGAGAAGUCAUUAAGUUCUUCUGCCAGGACCAUAAAGCAGUACUGUGCAGUGUAUGCUACACUCUUGAACAUCAACCUUCUUCUUGCUUGGUCAAUUAUAUACCAGACAUUACUGAAGAUAUCAUCGAUGGAAAAUAUUACCACGAUAUCAUGAGAACAAUGGACACAAUUUCUAACAAAUUUUACGAAUUAAAGGACAGUGUAAAUGAAGUAAUUAUAAUAUCAAACGACUCUGUCCAAAAUGUCUUGCUUGAUAUACAGGCAUUCAGAAAAAAUAUCAGUCAGAGACUGGAUGAACUUGAAAAACAAGUUGAAGAUGCUAUGAAUAUUAUCUAUCAAGAAAAUUCCGAAAAAUUAAAAAGGAUAGAAACACACUGUAAUGAUGCAAUACAAUGUUUACAGAAGUCUUCUGGUGAAAUUAAAAAUCUCAACACAUCAAAACAAGCUGAUAAGCUCUUCAUAGAAAUAAACUGUGUAGAGGAGUUUGUUAAAGAUUGCGAAAAACAACUAAAGGAACUUGCUAAUUUUGAUGUCAAAGAAUACACAUUUAAGAAAAACGAAACAUUUUCAACAAUGCUGAAAGAAAACUCAUUGGGAACUGUAGUGCACAAAACAUUACAUGGAGCAAGAACUGCAGCCGUUCCAUGUAUAGGGACUAGACAAUUGUCGUUCGAAGGGGAAAUUUGUGUGGAUACAUCAAAGGAUAAAUACAUAUGCUGGAUAACAGGAAUGACUUUCCUUACUACUAAUGUUCUCAUAAUAACUGAUUGGAAUAACAAGGCUGUAAAAAUGGUAGAUACUUGUUCUCAGUCCGUUAAAGAUCAAUUAAUUCUUGAUGACAGGCCAUGGGGUAUAACGAAAGUAAACAAAUCAGAACUUGCUGUCACUCUCCUCUCAAAACGAACGAUUCAGUUUAUAUCAGCAUCCUCAAACCAGCUCAGAAUAAUGAAGCACGUGAUAAAGGUUAAUGGCGACUGUUAUGGAAUAAGUUGUUUUCAAGAUAAGCUUAUAGUUUCGUUCCACUAUCCUGUUAUGUUCCAGAUACUUGAUUUAAAUGGCACUGUACUGUCAACAAUUCGAAAUGACUAUAUCUUUGGAAAUUCAUUAUAUAUUUUAACAAACAGUAAUUCUAUCUAUAUUUCGGACUCCCUAAUGAAAACGGUGACUAGAUUAGAUUGGCAAGGAAAGGUAACUGGGAGCUACAGGGGUUUGGGAUUACCACAUGGAAUGACAUGGUCAGAUGAUAAUACCGUCUUCGUAUGCGAUAAGGAAAGGAAUAUUAUAAAAGAAGUAUCAGAAGAUUGUUCUGUUGGAAAGGUUUUAUUGUCAAAUCUGAAGUAUCCACAUGCAGUGUGUUGGUGUGCUGAGACAGGUGUACUGUUAUAUAGCUGUCAUACUGGAAAUGGCAAACACAACAAUUAUCUUCAGAUAUACAAGCAGUCAGAAGCAUAA